CAUAACAAAUCAAGCUAUGUUUUGAAUGCCGGACGUACCAUUUUCUAGCCCAUUUUAAAUCAUUCGCCAAACAAAUCCUGCUGGUAAAUUACGUACACUAGCUGCGUAGUUAACCCAACGAUAACAGAGCAAUAUGUCUGACUCAGAUACAACUGAUUCUGAUUGCGGUGUACGGUACAAAACAACCACCACAAGACACAAACAUACAUCAUCGGGCGCUUCUUCAUCAUCGAGAGCCCAUACAGAGCGAUCAUCGUACCGUGAGGAACAUCACAGCUCAUCACGACACUCCGAUCGACGCCGAUAUCGCCGCAGUCGUAGUAAAAGCCCCGAUCGUCGACGUCACCGUCGAAGAUCUCGCUCGAUUGAUUCUCCCUCCCGAUCACGAUCCAAACAUUACACAUCGCGAUCGUCAAAGAAUGAUAAAUCUCCCACAAAAGAUCCACCCGCAGAAAAGGUACUAGAUAUUUCCGUGUCUUCCGUGUCUUCGCAAGAUGACCAACCGGAACAACAGCCCUGUGCCGCUAACAAUCGUUCUGACGAGAGUUUUGGACCUACAUUGCCACCAUCCUUGACAAAAGCCUCCGAUAGGGAGCGUAAUACACUUGGGGAAAACAAUCACGAUGAGCCGAUUGGACCAGCAUUGCCGCCACAUUUGCAGAACAGCAAAUCAAAGGAAAGGGAUGAACCCAUCGUUCCUGAACCACGUUGCAUUGGACCGGCGCUACCUCCUGGGUUCGUUGCUUCGCAAAUAUCCGAUAACGAACAUAUUUCGUCUGAAUCGGAACUUUCUCCAUUUUCUGAACCGGAAGAAGAAGCAGAAGAAGAAGAGGAGCAUGAUAUUGAAGACUUUAUUGGGCCUCUACCGGGCACGUCUAGCUCGCGCGUAAAUGUUGAACUAGAGCAACGCGCGCUGGAGUUGAAGAUACGGCAAAUGGAGGAAGCAACAGCCCUUGCGAAUGGCAGUGGAUCAUCCACUGUACCGAAAUCUCGCGAAGACUGGAUGCUGGAACUACCAGAUAUUCGCAAGAUCAGCGAUAUGGGACUAGGAGCGAGACAGUUCCGUACACGCGAAAAGGCCGAAAUUGGUGACCGUUCUGUUUGGACGGAUACACCGGCCGAUCGGGAGCGUAAAAAGAAGGCUACCGGAUCGGAACGUUCCUCCAAGCAUAGUGAUGCUGUGACGGAACGCGAUCGUGAACGCGAGCGAUCGCUUAUUGCCAAGCGGGACAAAGAGCAAGAAAAGAUGGUAAAGCAACAUAAAAAGAAACACAAACGUGACAAAACGUUAGUGGAAAUACAUCAGAGCAAACUGAAGAAGGACAAGCAAGCAUCCAGUGAUAGUUCCGAACCGACAAGAAGACCAUUCGAUCGAAAUUUGGAUCUGCAUGCAAAUCGCUUUGACGAUGCCCAAAAGAAAGCAAUUAUGAAGAAAGCGCAACUACUAAAUUCACGGUUUUCCAGCGGUAGUUCGAAAUAUUUGUAAAAACUUGUCGUCGAUUGCUGAUGAGUAGUGAUAGUGGCACAGAUUGUGCACGAUGAGGAAUAUUUUGUACGUUUUACAUUACUGAACAACUAUGAACAUUGUUUUAGGUUCAAUAAAUAUAGCGAUCUAUGACUUCAAAAA